AACAUCUAGAUACUUUAGAUCCUCAGGAGCAUCACUCACAUUCAGAUCGGGCAAGGACACCAGGGACGGACUCAAACACGCUGCCCCCCAGCUGGAAACAACAUAAUUGCUUUCUUCAACAGAUAGGCCCCCCAAAAAACACUCAGAGAAUCUGAAUGCCCUUCCAGAUCACCAGCUAAGUGAUGAACUUCAGCAGGGAUGUGGCUCGACAGACCAGCUGUUACACAUAUGUGAUCGAGGAUGAGGACACGUCGCCGGCGAGCCUAAAUGCAGUCGAGUUAGCAGAGAAGGGUGACCUGGCUCACCUGGAGAACCUGGUGAGGAAAAGCCCAGAGGUUUUGAACGAGAAAGAUGACUGUGGAGCCAGUCCCCUGCAUCAUGCCGCUGCAGGCGGCCACGUCACCCUGAUCCAGUUCAUCGUCACUGUGGUGGACCCACAGGAGCUGAACUGCAGUGAUGACCAGGGGAACGUACCCCUGCACUGGGCAGUGGAGAGGAACAAACCAGAGAGCUGCAGAACUCUUUUGGACCUGGGCGCUGACCCCAACGUCCUCAACACCGCUCUGUUGUCGCCGCUACACUUGGCUGUUAGCCUCAGAUACAACGACCUUGUGGAGCUGCUUUUGUCCUACAACGCCACCGACUGCAACCUACAGGGAGACCUUGGAAACACCCCCCUGAUGAUGGCCUGCUCCCUCAAUAACUGUGAGGCUCUCACUAUUUUGCUCAAACAUGGAGCCAAGCUCUGCCAGCAGAACAAGCUCGGCCAUUUCUCCAUGCAUGCUGCUGCCUUUGCAGGCGCAAAGAAAGCCAUGGAAGUCAUUUUGAAGGCUGGAGAGGAGCAUGGCCACCCUGCAGCAAUACACAUCAACUACUUGGACAAGUCCAAUAGCAGCCCUCUCCAUCUGGCUGUACGUGGGGGGAAUAUUGAGGCCAUCCGUCUCUGCAUUGCUACCGGGGCCAAAAUCGACCAGCAACAGAAUGAUCGAUCCACGCCACUUCAUUUGGCCUGCACACAAGGUGCCACUGAGGUGGUCAAAUUGAUGCUGAGCACUGUGGACCAGGUAGAAGAUAUCAUCAACCUCACUGACGGGGCGUGUCAAACCCCUCUGCACAGGGCUACAAUAUUUGACCACAAUGAGCUGGCGGAGUACCUCAUUUCUUUGGGUGCAGAUCUCAACAGCAGUGACUGUAAAGGCAACACUCCCCUGCUGUUGGCAACCAGCUGUGGAGCCUGGAAAUGUGUAACUCUGCUUUUGUCAAAAGGGGCAAAUGUCAAUUUGAAAGACAAAUGUGGUUGUAACUUCCUUCACCUGGCCAUUCUGCAGCCAAAAGGGCUGAAAAACAUCCCAGAAGACGUACUGCAGCGCAACACUGUGAAGGCCUUGCUGAGCUGUGAGGAUAAUGAGGGCUGCACCCCACUCCAUUACGCCUGCAGACUGGGGAUCCAUGACUCGGUGAAGAACAUGCUGGGCCUCUCAGGGCAGGUCGGCCUUGCAUGCAAGUCCAAGGACAAGAAGUCUGCUCUGCACUUUGCCGCCCAGUACGGGCGCAUCAACACCUGUCAGAGAUUAUUGGAGACCAUCACUGACUCCCGCUUGCUAAAUGAAGGAGACGAGCGGGGCCUGACACCUCUGCAUUUAGCUUCCAAAGGGGGCCACACUAAAGUGGUUCAGCUGCUGCUGCGCAAGGGAGCUCUCUUUCACAGUGAUUACAAAGGCUGGUCUUGUCUGCAUCAUGCUGCUUCUGAGGGAUACACUCAAACUAUGGCCAUUCUGCUGUCAGCCAACCUCAAAUUACUGGAUAAAACAGAUGAGGAUGGGAACACAGCGCUGCAUAUUGCAGCAAGAGCGGGACACGUGGCGGCAGUCAGGCUGAUGCUGGUCAAAGGGGCGGAGCUCAUCUUGAACAAGAACCACACAUCAUUCCUCCAUGAAGCAGUGCAGAACGGAAGAAAGGAUGUGGUCAAUGCUGUGGUUGAUAGUGAAAGAUGUGACGAAGCGUUGCAGCUGUUCACUCCCGGCACCAGCCAGAGAUGCCCCAUACUCGAUAUGAUUGAGUUUCUGCCUGAAACCUGCAAGCAUCUACUGGACCGCUGUGUGAGAGAGUCUGAUGAUGACCACAACAGCCCUAACUACCAUAUUGAAUAUAGUUUCCGAUGGCUCCAGGCUCCCAUUUCACCCCAAAAGUUGAGCGAUGAGUCCUUGAAGAUUCAGCCACUGGCUGCAGUCAAUGCAAUGGUGAAGUACAAUCGCAUAGAGCUCCUUAACCACCCAGUCUGCAAAAAAUAUCUGGCAAUGAAGUGGGUUGCAUAUGGUAGCAAAGCUCAUGCUCUCAACAUGUUUUUGUACCUGUUGGGAUUGCUGCCCUUGACCCACUUAAUCGUGACUCUCCGGCCCUCUAUGAACACCACUGACACAGGUGACCGUUCCAUCAACAUGGUGCCUGUGUCUUUUACUGAGCAAUCUGUGUUCAAGUCCUUCUGUAUGGUGAUGGUCCUGAUCAUGAACGUUUACUCUAUAGGAAAAGAAGUCAUACAGUUAUCACAGCAGCGCUGGAAUUACUUUAGGGAUCACUCCAACCAAAACGACUGGGCUUCAGCCAUCUACUCUCUACUGUUCAUCAUCCCUCUGAUGAUCAAUGCAGAGGGCUCGCUGCACUGGCAGGCAGGAGCACUGGCUGUCUUGCAUUACUGGAUUGGUUUUCUUCUUUAUCUCCAGAGGUUUGAAAAUGUCGGCAUCUUUGUGGUGAUGUUCGGGGAGAUCAUGAAGACACUGGCCCGCAUUGUGAUGCUGUUUUUCUUCCUGAUGUUGGCCUUCAGUUUGGCGUUCCAUGCUCUAAUGCUCAACCAGAGGCAGUUCGACACGGUGCCGCUCUCCGUGAUCCAAACCUUUGUGAUGAUGGUCGGGGAACUGAACUACCAGAAUAACAUCCUGGAUGCCUUUCUGAACAAUGAGCUGCCCUUCGGCAUCCUGACAUAUGUCAUCUUUGUGCAAUUUGUGAUGCUCAUGCCUAUCCUGCUGGUGAACUUGAUGAUCGGUUUGGCAGUUGGAGAUAUUGCUGAGGUUCAAAGAAAUGCCUCUUUAAAACGGAUAGCCAUGCAGAUUGACCUUCACACCUCUCUGGAAGAUAAGCUCCCGUACUGGUUCAUGAAACGUGUUGACAAACCCUCAAUCAUCCUCUAUCCCAAUCGUAAAUGUUCCAAGCACUUCCUUACACAGCUGAUCUCCGGUGAAGAGGAGAAAAAUGAGGUCUGGAGUCGUCUGCAGUCCAAGUCACAGAACUGCACUGUCAUAGAGAAUGAACUGAAGAAGCAGAAGAUCAGGAUGAAAGAGAUGUCGAGCAUUCUGGAGAAGCAGCACUGCCUCCUGAAGCUCAUCAUCCAGAAGAUGGAGAUCACCUCGGAGGCGGACGAGUACGACGGCCCGGUGAACAUCAGGGGCACCAUGUGGCCCAACCUGACUAAGACUAAAACACGAGGCCGCACCACGUCCCGGUGGGUCCCCCUGAUGAAAGCCAUCGAGGCGAAGCGUAAAUGAAGAGGACUCCUUUGAAAACUUUUGCACACAGGGCUGACAUCCCUUUAUACUAGGGUUAGAAUAAAAAUUUAAAAUGUAUGCACUUGAAUUCACCAUUUACAUGACACCUCUGGUUUAUUUUCCUGAAAAUAUCGCUUUAGUGUGAGUAAUCACUGCAGUCAUUUUAAAGCAUAUCAUAGCUCUUCAGCAUGUCCACAAAAGCUUGUCUGUCAGCUGGCGUUGUGCUUUAUGCAUUUUAAUGUUAAAGCCUAUAAUCAUCAAGCUGCUCUUCAUUAGAAUAUAUACGUUCACGUUCCAAUCCAAAAAUGGAAGAAAAAAAAAUCUAAUUUCUUCAGCUUAAAAAAACGUGGAGUUUGAAAUGAGCCAAAACAAAUAAAAAAAAAGGAAAAAUAAAA